UUCAUCCUCCAUCUUCCUCCGGACUCAACCCAUUCGCGAUCCAUUUCUGCCUCCCCAAUGCCUUAGUCGACAAUUGUACGAGAUAGCAUUGACAUGCGCAUCAGCCACCUGUGGGGUGGUAAUUCCAAAGGCCCGGCCGCCGAUAAGAUCCAGCGGCCGUUUCAGCCACAAUCCGUGCUAUAGUCCCUUAAUCCCUGAAGUCAGCACAGCCGCUCUCACGACGCGCGCAAACGAGGAAGUGAGCAUUACGGUCCCUUCCAUACCACUUUCGGACUCUGUUGCUUCAGAUAGUCCAUCUACCAAAGAGCCUGGGCUACCCCGGCUUGAUUCUCCGGCCAGGCCACUCAAUCCAAGGCAGCUCUUUCUCCACGAGACCUUCCCUGCUCGUCCACAGUUCCUUGUGAGCAGAUAAAGCCGCCUGGAUACGCUGAGUCCGCCAUGAGAGGCUGUCUCUUUGUGACCUCCCUCGCGAAAGGACGAACUCACAAGUGUGACAAUGGAUGACGGCGCCGAGGACGGCAGCCAGGAACACCGCACUCUACUCACCCGGAUUCUCACAGCAUGUACUCGUAUGUUCCGACCAUCUGACCGAAGACCGGCUUCAGCCUCGCAGUUGAAGACUGAUUCCCCUAUUCGAGACGCACCUCUAACACACCGCCAAGAAAAAUCUAGCACCCAUCCUGAUCGACAGGACGAAAUGCAAACUGAAUUGCCAGGAAGGGAUGGAUUCCUGGAACAAACCAUCAAAGAUGGCACAUUCUGGCAGAUGCCGGACAUGAAGCUCCUCCAACUGAUAAAAUCUGAGUUCCCGUGGGAACUCGAACGGCUUAAGAGGGCCACGUUUCUCUGCAACCCGAAGGCACCUCGUCCGGAAGGACCUUCGAUUUCCGAAUCAUUAUACGGGCAAGAUUAUGCCGAGAUCAAUCGCACGCUUGUUGGUGUGUUGGCUCUCCGUUGGCUUCACCAUGAUGACUACGCGACUUUUGUAGGCACACAGAGCCCGCCGCCCAUUGUGUUGAAACGCGAAUCCUUCAACUGGCUCCGCGGUCUCUUCGAAAAGGGCCUCAGAUCUGCCGACGACACCUACGCGCUCAUAAUCUCGAUGGUCAUCAACGAUCUGGGCAAAGAUCCCACUCUUGCGAAAGAUUACGCUACACUAGUCGGGAAUGAUAUCUCCAAAGUUAACCAUGACAUGAUUCUCUACCAUGCAGUCGACGCCGGAAUGGUCCCCGCACUGGAUCGUCUGAGCGAACAAGACAAGGGUUAUCUCCUCCAAGGAAUCAGACUGGGUUCAGACUUCAAUUUUGGGCAGCUCGCUCAGGCCGAGAACGCACCGGCUUCGCUCGCAGGACUUGUUGAAAUGCGAGGUCAAGAUCGAGCGUUUGAGAUGCGAUUUAUGGAACAGAUCCUGGACCUUGCGGGAGCCUCAGGACACGAAGACUGGACAUGUGCCAAGAAGAUGAUUGAGCCGAUCUUCCAGUCGUACAACAACGUAUAUGACGUUGCGCACGGCAUAAUUCAGGCCAAGAUGGAUGUCAGACAUGGCUACGAUAUCAUCCUGAUACGCAAGCUGGAUUUGCUCCACAAAGCUGGCUAUUCGCGACAAUUCAAGAUCGAAAACCAAGCAGAUCGUGCCCUGAUGCGACUGUUCUGUCUGGGCAACACAUCAGAUCCAGAGAAUGCGGAUGUCUUCUACUUUGCCUUUACGGAGCGUAUCUCAGAUGAAGUGCGAGAGAGGUUGGUACAGGGCCUAAAUGUGGACGGGUCAGUUGAAGCACCCGCCGUGCAACCAACAUAUAUUCCUGCGAUGCUGACAAAGGCGCUGGGAAACACUCCGAGCGGCUCCCAGGAAGAGAGGAUCAGAGCUGUUACGGCAAUGCUGCGAUAUCUUACGCGGUGUAUGACUGUGGAUGCCUCAAACUUGAAGAAACUGCCAAAAGGCGUGACGGUCGUGGAGAGGGACGUGAGAAAUAUCAGUCCUGUGCUGGACAGCGAGGAGUUCAAACACAAUCCAGAUAUUCUGGACCGGGAAGAUAUUCCGGAGGACCAAGUCGCAAACAUGGCUCGAGCAUCUUGAUGAAGUUUGCGGGAGUAUGGAUGCUUCUUUCGGGCGGGCAAUGCAACAGGCGCAUCGGCGUUGGGCUUUUCAGCAGCAGCAUCAACAUUAUCAACCACCACUGGGAUGGGCGACGGUAUACUUGUUCGAUCGAUACGUCAGAGCCAUAUGGCUCACUGGGCUGAGCACGGUGCGCCACCAGGCAUUUAGCAGAGAGAUUUUGGAUCGACGGGGGACCUCGGCUGCCGAAUUCUUGGGCAAUGGGCACGCAUGACACAGCAUGGCCCUUGGCCCCAUUUUCUUCAGGCUAAUCAUGAUGCUUUGAUCCACGAUCAGCGAUGCGAGAUUUUGCCGACCUCCGAUGGCCGGCGACGGUUAUUGCUACGGAGCGAGCGCUAUUAUUACCACGAUUGGCCAUAUCACGCAAGCGGCAGCCUUGCCCACUUUUUUCCUUAUCGGC